AUGGCGUUGCCAUCCACUGCAGCAGAAAGCAGUUUCAGCAAAGGCACCAAGGCGCUCCGACUGAAAAAGCUUCUCUGCAAGGCCUUGUCGGCAAAAGAACCAUGCACAGCUCUUGCUGACGCUGUGAAAACAGGUGGCAUUCGUGUCAUUGCUGUUGACUUUGAUCUAACCAUGAUUACUGUGCAUUCAGGUGGCAGCGCUUCGAAUGUGCCUGAUAAUCCAAUAUUUACGUCCCUCUCUCCUGACUUUGAUGCGUUCGCAUCGGCGGUCACGUCUCGCGGGAUUCCUAUUGCCGUUGUGACCUUUGGAGAUCCACGGGCCAUCGCAUCACGUCCAGACCGCAUUGCAGGCGAGCCGCUAGUGCAACGUGUGCUUGAAGGGAGCGCUGCCUCGUUCAAAGUAGACGCGGUGUUUCCCUUUUAUCCCCCGCUUUAUCAGUGGCCAGCUGACUACAAGGUCUUGGGUUUAAAGGAACCUAUGCCUUUUAGCAAAUCAUUUCACAUAAGCAAGGUUCUUGAGCACUUCGGCGUCUCAAAGGAACAGGUGCUGCUCAUAGACGAUGACCCAAACAACUGUUCGGCAUUUGCAGCAGAAGGAGGCGUUUCACUCAGAGUUGCUGGCGACCGCGGAUUCGAUUGCGCAAACCUGGAAGUUGUUUAG